AUGAUUACAUCUGAGAUUAGUGCUGCAUCCAACUAGAUGAAAAGCAGAGUUAAUUCGGAAGGCAUUUAUGAGUGUAAUUAUGUUUGGACGGCUGAAGAGGUUGAGAAACUGAACGAACAGUACGAUUGUCAAUAGGGGAAUUGGAAAUCGAUAAGUAAGUAUUUAAACGGACCAAACCCACUUGAGUGCAUGAUGAAAUGGCAAUCAUUACAUCCAGAAAAUACGCUUUAAAGACAAUUGUGGUCCCAAGAGGAGGAUGAAUAAUUAAAGGAAUUGGUGCAGAAGUAUGGGAAAAAAUGGAGUAAGAUAUGCACAGUUAUGAAUUGGAGAACUGGAAAGCAAGUUAGAGAACGUUAUCUAAAUCAGCUCUAAGGACAUAUUAACAAUGAGAAAUGGACUGAUGAGGAGGAUAAAAUAAUUUUGAGACUAUACAAGAAGUUUGGAACUAAGUGGAGUUAUAUCUCCACUUUUUUAAAUGGUCGUCCUGAAAAUAUGGUUAAAAAUAGAUUUUAUGCCAACCUAAAAAGAAAGUAUCAAUCUGAUCUAGAGGAAUCUGAUGAAGAUGACCAAUAGGAAGAUUCUUAAGAUUCAUUAAAUAUUACAAAAUAUAAAAAGAAAAAGAAAAACAAAUAAUAUAAAUUUAUAAAUAGUUCUAUUAAAAUAAAGAAAUCCUAACUAAAGACUUUGAAAUUGGAUGCUGCUGAUAGAAUGACUCGGUCUAAGGUGAAGAAAUGCACAUCGAUUAAUGUGAAAUAAGAAAAUAUAGAUAUGGAUGAAAAAAAGAACUAAGUAUCCGAGGAAGUAUUUGUCAAGGAAGAACCAAAUAAAAAUGAAAAUUAAUAUAACCCUUAAGAGUUGUUGCAUCAAUAGUAUUAAUAUUAAAGCGAAGCCUUCUAAAAAUUUGUAAUGGAAUAUGGGCAGCUUGGGAUUAAUCAAUAAUAAUAGUUAUUAUUAGGCGUGAAUGAGUAAUAAGAAUAAUUGGGAACUAUUUAAUAAUAGGAAUAGUAAUUUAUUUGUAAUUCAAAUUAACCUGGUGUUCAAUUUAAUCCACAAUUGUGUCCAAGGUGCUUGGGAUGUUCAAAUAACAUGGGAUAAUUGUAUACAUUAGCAGAUAUUAGUCAUUUAUUUAAAAUGUUUUAAUAUCAGAUGUUUAUUCAAUGUUAACCAAAACUAGAAACAACUAGUACGGUCAACAUGAUGUAAAAUCAAAGUUAACCAAAUAAGCAAUAUAAUAACAUUAUAUUGCAGUGA